CCCCAACCCCCAUCCCCUCCUCCUUUCCUUUCUUCCUUCCUUCACCCCACCAAGAACACCACAGAAAAAUCACUGUUAUGAAAAUCAAAUGAGCCAUGUCCUUCCACCACAGGAAGUUGCUUAAUGAUUCUCUCGAGCAUUCAGUUGAAAGAUUUUGUCUAUCUUUCUGUGAUCCUGCACAAAACCUAGACGGAUCUUGUCCGGUCACAUGUAUACUCCAAUGUUAUCCAACCUGCAACCAUCCACUCUUGCUCGGUCUGCCUCCACCACCUCCUGAUCAUACUUUGCUUUCUGAUGGCAAGCAUUCUACCCAGCUAUCUGGACUCUAUGUCUCCCUCUCCGUGUCUCUUGGUGUUUUAGCCACAACUUUCUUGAUUUUCUCUAUCUACAUGAUAUACAAGUUUUAUAAACGUCGGUAUACGUCUUCAAGGAGUAGGCAAUUGAUUCCACAGCCCCAGCAGCAGCCUCGAGAGGAUGAAGAAGCCCAUCUGGAUUUUCUUGAUGAAGAUCAGGGUCCCGUGGUUGACCAUCCCAUAUGGUAUAUCAGGACAGUUGGUCUUCAGCCGUCUGUGAUUAAUGCAAUCACUAUUUGUAAGUAUAAAAGAGGUGAUGGACUGGUGGAAGGAACAGAGUGCUCUGUUUGCUUGAAUGAAUUUCAAGAAGAUGAGACUUUAAGGCUGCUGCCCAAGUGUAAUCAUGCUUUUCAUAUACCUUGCAUUGAUACUUGGCUCAGAUCACACACCAAUUGCCCCAAUUGCCGAGCUGGGAUUGUUAUGAGCACGGCUAACCUCCAGUCUUCGUCGCAGAGUCAUCAUAAUUCAGGUCGUGUGGAGGAAAUCCAAAUGGGAGUUUCGGAAAAUAAUAGGGAUUCCGAGAGAGAAAGGGAAAGGGAAAGUGAGUCUCUUGAAGUCGGUGUUGAGGUGGAAGAGGAAGAUGAAUCAAGGGUAGGAACCGGAAAUGCAUCGAGGAGAAAUGAAAAUUUCAUGGAAGAUGUGGGAAAUAGUGGUGCCAGAGAGGAGGAAGGAAUUCAACCGCUCAGAAGAUCAGUUUCGAUGGAUUCCUUAUCAGCCUUCAAAGUUAGUGCUGCUAUUGCUAAUGCAUUUCCACCACAAUGUGACAGAAACUCUGACAACAAGAAUAUGCAAAUGAAUGGAUCAAGUAUGGGUCUUGCUCCAAAGGGAGCUGGCAAUGAGCAGUGCUUGUCGAGAUCGGAGGGUUGUUCUUCGGUGGAGAGAUCAUCGCAAAAAGAGACUUCUGCGGUAAAGAGAUCACUUUCUUGCAGUGCCAGGGUGUUCUUGUCAAGGUAUAGCAGAAGCAGGAAUUCCGUUCCCCCUCCAUGAGCUUUUGGCCUUGAAUUCAAAUUACAUGAUAACUCUCAACAAGAUGGGAGUUUCCAAUGUUUCCACAUCAAAUGCACAUAGAAUUCUGAUACUGAAAAAAAUGAGGAGUUGAAACUUUGAUUGAAAGGCUGACCCCGGAAUUGGGAUCAGCUGCCGAAAGUUGUCAUAAGCUUGUGAAUGUCGCGUAACGGUCGCACAGAACCUGUAAGUGUAAGUAAAGUUUUGCCUUUUAUCUCAAAGAGAUGAAAAUCUAAACUGCGUGUGAUACUUUUAAGCUUGAAAAGCAAUAAUGCUUGGUUUCAA